AUGCCUUUAACGCUGAACGCAGCAAAUCUGGCCGCAUUGAAUCAAAUGGCCCGAAAUCAGCUGAACAACACUUCACAACCUUUGUUAGGAAUGACGCCAGAACAGUUCACCAGUCAUUUUGGCUUCCUGAAUCCAAUCAAGAGAGAGAUGCAGUCUGCUCCGCAUGGCACAGAUGCAAACGGCAUGCCGCAACCGAAACGCCGUCGGCUGCGUCGACAUCCUGUCUGGAUGUUCUUUAAGGACCUUGAAGAUCGCAUGGUUGGCUGUAUUAACUGCAGUUUCCGUACCGGUUCGGCGUUUAGCACUAAUCUCAAGAUGCAUUUGAAAGCCCAUCACAAGGAGGAUUACGAGAGGGUACGUCAAAUUUUUGAUACUGGUCGAUUAUUGAUUACUUCCGUUAGAUUAUUAGUGCUUAUAGAAAGUGAACCAUAG